AUGGACUUGCCCCCGCGCGUGAAUUCAGAGAUGUCAUGGAGCACCACAAAAGGCAUUCUUCCAGAAAAUGCUUUGCCAAUGUUACAGAUGCAGAUGUGUCUUAUCUUUCUUGCAACCUUUUUCUUGCACACAUUUCUGGGUCGUCUAGGAGUCCCCAGAUUCACUUCCAUGAGCGUCGUUGGCCUAAUCUUUGCAACUACCUUCUCAGAAAAAUGGGCUCAGAAAUGUAGGGACUUGUUCAUUUUUGACUCUCAGGCAAAUCUGGGGUUGCUUUCAGUAUUUGGCUACAUGCUUUUCCUCUUCUACACUGGUGUCAAAACAGACAUGAGUGUGGUCCACAGGUCUAGAAGAAAUGCCACCAACAUAGGGUCCAUUGCCAUAAUGGCACCCUUUCUAUGUAGCAUGGCUGUUGUGCAUUUUCACUCAAUAAAAUACUUAGACAUUGGUCAGGCAACAAAACUUGGAGUCAUCUCUGGCUUGUUCUCCAUGACCCCUUUCUCAACCAUUUGCACAGUUUUAAGUGAUCUCAAGAUCCUCAAUUCGGAGUUGGGGAGAUUAGCCCAAUCCUCAACUUUAGUUACUGAGGUGUUCAACUUGUUCUUGAUAACAAUCCUAACUUUCUCUAAAAUUGUGUUCCAAGAGCCAUCAAGAGCUUGGUUUUCCCUCGCAGCUGCAGUUUUCUUUGUGCUAUUGGUUGUAUUCAUCAUUCGCCCUGCAAUGUUUUGGAUCAUAAAACAGACCCCAGAGGGUUCCCCAGUUAGUGAUCACUAUGUCUAUUGCAUACUCAUAUUGGUUUUGUUAUCAUCAUAUGCCACACAUCGAAUAGGGUUUUUUGCUCUCUUUGGGCCUUGUGUGUUGGGCUUGGCUACCCCAGAGGGGCCUCCAUUGGGCACUGCCAUCACAAAAAAGAUUGACACUUUUGUUAAUUGGGUUUUGGUGCCUGCUUUUGUGACCACUUGUGCUAUGAGGGUGGACCUAAGAGACUUCAUGAAUUGGACAGAAAAGGUGAAUGGAGGUGUUGACGAGUUCAUGGUGCAAACCCUGAUUAUUAUUGUAGUGACUAGCGUUGUCAAAGUUGUUGCAUGCACUUUGCCUCCUUUGUACAGCAACAUGCCCUUGAAUGACUCUGUGUCCCUCGCUUUGAUUAUGAAUUGCAAAGGCGUAGUUGAAAUGGCUGGAUACUCUAUGGUCAGAGAUGUCAUGGGAAUGCCCGAUAACGUGUUCGCUCUGGUGAUGGUGUGCAUCAUCCUGAACGCCACAGCAAUACCAAUGGUCCUGACCCACCUCUACGACCCUAUGAAGAAAUACGCAGGGAACUACACAAAGCGAAACAUCUUCGACCUCAAGACGAACGGCGAGCUUCGAGUCCUCACAUGCAUCCACAGACCCGACAACAUUCCCCCAACAAUAAACCUCCUCGAGGCCACAUUCCCUACCAAGGAGGACCCUGUCUGCGCCUACGUGCUCCAGCUCAUCGAGCUCAUCGGCCGCGCCUCCCCACUCUUCGUCUGCCACCAGCUCCAGAAGAAGAAGAGAGCCGACUCCAACAGCUCCAUGGCGGAGAAGCUCGUCGACGCGUUCCAGAACUUCGAGCAGGAGUUCAAGGGCGCGUUGGUGGUGAACACCUUUACGUCGAUAUCCCCUCAGGAGAAUAUGUAUGAUGACAUCUGUACUUUGGCCCUGGACAAGUUUGCCUCGCUCAUCGUCUUGCCGUUUCACAAGAAAUGGUCUUCUGAUGGGAACUUCAUCGAGAUAGAGGACGAGUCAUUGCGAGAGUUAAACUAUCGUGUCAUGGAGAGAGCACCGUGUUCGGUUGGAAUUUUAAUCGAAAGAGCUCAAAUGACCCAUAUUUUCUCACCUGAAACGCCUUAUACUGUAUGCAUGCUUUUCAUUGGAGGAAAAGAUGAUAGAGAAGCGCUUUUCUUUGCAAAAAGAAUGACCAAGAACCCGCAUGUUAGACUCACCGUGGUUAGGUUUUUUGUUGAUUCAUGCAAUGAGAUGAACACGAGGGAUUGGCAGGGAAUGCUUGACACUGAGAUUCUGAAUGAUAUAAAGGUGAACAAAAAGGUGGGAGAGGCUUAUGUGAACUACAUUGAGAAGACUGUGAAGGAUGGGCCUGACACGGCUUUGGUGAUUAGGUCUUUGGUGACUGAGUAUGAUUUGAUCAUUGUUGGAAGACAAGCAGGGGUUGAAACCCCUCAAACUUCAGGGUUGUUGCAGUGGAGUGAGUAUCCAGAACUUGGUGUGUUGGGGGAUUUGUUGGCUUCAACUGAUGCAGCUGGCAAGGCUUCUGUGUUUGUGAUGCAGCAACAGAGAACAGCCAAGGAUGCUUGAUAAUGAAUUCAUGGGGAAUGUUUAAUUUGGGUUUAAUUGGUGGUGUAGAUGGGAAGUUGUGUUUUCUUGAAUUGUUGUUGAAUUUUUGGUUUUGGUGUUAGAGGGGGUUGGUUUGGUUUUAGGGUGUAGAAAAUAUAUGUUUCAUGAUUUUGUAAAGGAGGUAUAUAGAUAGGGUAUAAUUAAACAAA